GUUUAUCAAAUACCAAAAAAAGCUGGACGUACCGAUAUUGCCUUGGGAUUCAUUCAUCCAUCUGCUUCGCCGACAAACAGUCGGCUUGACGCUUUCUUCGGCGACUCGUGCUGUGCUUCGUGGGCGAUAUCAGUGUGCUUCCUGGAUAAGGUGGCGUUGUUCUUUUGAAGGAUUGCUGGUAGCUGACAUUGCUGCUGGUGGUGGCUGUUGUUGUGGCACUUCGAAACGAGGCCGUGACCUUGCAAGACUUUCUCUGUGUAUUCUGACGACUCAAAUCUCAUUCGCCCUCGCAGAUAAUCAUGACGAUCGAAACUUCUGAAAAGAGCAAGACAUCCAACAUCCCCACGAAUGGUGGCACACCCGCUGAAGACAGGACCCCGGGAAAAGUCAAUAAAUCGGGAGAGUCCGUGACUGGGGAGGAAAGCCUCGACUUGGAGACCGAGAAGGAAGGUGUCCAAUUAGAGGCUAGGAUGACGGUUAAGGACAAGGUGGUGGGCACUACCGGUACGGCUCCAGGUGCUGGAGCUGGCGAUGUUGAUGGCAGGCAAGUCCAUGUUAUUAGGGAUGCCAAACAGCUGGAACAAGACGCUAGAAAAGUCCAUGGUUUUAGGGACGGCAAACAGUUGAAACAAGAUGUGGCAUCAACAUUUGCAGAUCCCGGGGCUCAAUCCGUUUGUGCCCCCAAGGCUGCUGAAGAAGCCAAGGAAGAAGUCGACGAAGAAACAGGCGAACGUCCACCUGGGGGCGUUCCCAUCGUUCAACGCCGUAUCCUGCAGCCGCGAGACGCUCCAUAUCAGAAUGCUGGUGCUUACGCCGUCGACCAUCCACUUGCCACUGAAAAUCGACAUCAUGCUCCCAGAAUUAGUGAUACAGCAAGACGAGAGCUAGAGCCAUCGGCGGCCAUGGAGAACUUGGGGCAGCAAGGAAUGGAUUCUUCUGUGUCGCAAGUCGCCGCUGAUGCUGAAGCUCAACAGAUGCUCCGUGCUACAUUGGUCGAAGAAGAUGAUGGUGAAAUCGUGUACGCCAAGCCCGCUCUGGAUGGAUUCCAGGCGUUGAUCCACAACCCAAAAUCAAAAUGGGUUCUCUUGGCCAUUGUGCUGAUCAUUCUUGCUAUCGUCAUUCCAGUUGCCCUUUUGGCGCCGUCGGCAUCAUCCAGGGAAGACGAUCCCGACAACUUGAACGUUACAUGUGGAUUUGCCUCAGCCUGGCAAGCUAACUACCAAGGAAACCUAAACGUCACGGAAUCUGGAGCCUCUUGCCAGACCUGGGAGUCUGCUACGAGUUUUCGGCCAGAAAAGUAUGAAAGCCUUGCCUUAGAUUUGGAUACCAACUACUGCCGCAACCCAAACGGAGAAAAACGAGCUUGGUGUUUCACCAACGAUCCCGAGUGGGAGUUCUGCGCCGUACCAAAUUGCCCUGCUGAGUUUGACCACGGUGUGGUUGUUGCUGACGCUGCCAAGUGGUUUGCCAACGAUGAAGGUACACCUGAAAUUUCAACUCUAUACACACCUCAGGAUUCCUGCGGCACAGCCGCCAUUCGCCAAUACGACUACAGGGGCACUAUCAAUGUUUCAAAAAGUGGAAGGCCCUGCCAACCCUGGAGUGACCAGGAUCCCCACGGUCAUUCUCGGCAUCCUUGGACUGAGACACUGGCUGGGUUAAGGGAGAACUUCUGUCGCAAUCCUGACGGAGAAUUGACUGCUUGGUGCUAUACGGCAGAUCCAAAUCUACGGUGGGAACUUUGUGAUGUCCCAGUAUGUGAAAGCCGGGAAAAGUGCGGAUCAGCAGCCGUGAAGCAAGAUGAUUAUCGUGGCAACAUAUCCAUUACAGAAAACGGACACACAUGCCAGCGAUGGGACUCCGAUUCUCCACACAACCAUGGGUAUCUGGGCGAUGAACGGGUCGACGGCCUCGAAGAGAACUAUUGCCGAAACCCCAAGGCUGUAAGCGAAAGAGCAUGGUGUUUCACUACUAACCCCAACGUCCGAAGAGAUUUCUGUUCAGUGCCUUACUGCCAAAGCGCGAGUGACGCUUCGGCCUCUAAUAUUGACUUUGACUACGGCUUCAACUUUUCAACAACCUGCGGUACCAUGUCCCUCCAACAACGCGACUACCGUGGUUUUGUCAAUGUCACACGUUCGGGAAAGCCGUGCUUAGAGUGGUCCAACCUACCGGUGGAAACGGGUGCUGAUAUAUUCGUCACAUUGAGAGACCAUGAAACCCACUACUUGGGUGGUCUAGAUGGACCUGGAAACAAUUUCUGCAGAAAUCCUUUUGUCGUCGGGCAUCUAUUGGAAGAAACAGGACACAAGACAGCGUUUUGUGUCAAUACUGAUGGCAUAAGGGAAGAUUGUGAUGUGCCUACCUGCGAAGAUGACCCAUCGUUGUUUUGUGGAUCCUUUGCUCUUGCCCAAUCCAACUAUCGGGGAACUGUGAACAUAACCUUCAGCGGGCUCACUUGUCAACGAUGGGAUUCCAUUUCCAACGAGAGUUUUGUUGAAAAAUAUGAAAAUUGGGAAAAGCCUUGGGUCCCACACCAUGAUCCAUUCUCAGCACUGGAGGAGAAUUACUGCCGGCGCCCCAUAGACCUACCAAAUGCCCUGAAAUUAUUGGAUCCACGUGGUGAACGCAGAGCCUGGUGUUUCACAACCAGCCCCAGCGUGCCAGUGGAGUUUUGUGAUGUCCCUUACUGCGAAGAAACAAACUCCCCACAUUUCAUAUUUGACUACAAUCUUCAUGAUCCGUGCUUCAACUGCUCGAGGGACCAAUGUGGCACGUCAGUUGUGGGCCAAAGAGAUUACUUGGGUGCACAAAACGUUACACUUUCUGGUAAGGCGUGUCGGCCGUGGAAGGAAACUCCCUACAACUUUUCGGUCUGGAAUGAUGAUGGCUACUUGACGGCAAACUACUGCCGCAGCCCUUCCACGUACAACUCUGUUGGUGAAACUGGCCAAGAGAGUGCCGUAUCGAGUGCAGGGUGCUUCACCACUGGAGCAGAGGCAGAAUGGGAGUCAUGUGGGAUUCCCUACUGUUCGGAUGAGUGGAGUGUCUCUUGUGGCUCACAUCGUGUCAAACAGAGAGACUACAGAGGCUCAAUCAACGCCACUGAAACAGGGAAGCCGUGCAAGCCUUGGUCGAGCGAGGGCAAUCUUAUGACACCAGAUUCGAGACCAUUGGAUGGCCUAUCGUCAAAUUUUUGCAGGAAUCCGGGUGGAUUUGAAAAGGCGUGGUGCUACGUGGAGCCCACAAAUGACGGCGACCCGUUUUGGGAAUACUGCAGAGUCCCGCUUUGCCCCAGGGCCUAGUAGCUAGAAGAUAGGAUGGAGCUACAUACAACAUGUGCUCGCAAAUCGAACUGAUGGAACCACCCACCCGAGUAGUAAUGGUUCAACCGCAGACCGCAGGGUAUCUUCACCUGUUGUGUUUUGCAGUUAGCUACAAAGUAAACAUUGCAUAUAUUCAUUCUAAAAAGACCCGAUUGAUUGAACUUGCAUUUGCAGGAUUCUUGCAUGCCUGUGGCUUCCAU